CGAGAUCUGACAACACUGCGCGCGAACCAAACACGGCGAGGAUAAAGCAAGAUGGCGUCUGACGGUGAAGACAGUUCAGUGUUCUUAAUCUGUGCCUCCAUGUACACAUAUAUGUCCUUUAUUACACUCUAGUAAAUAGAGUAAACAUCGUUAAUAACUGUUUGCAUCCGGUUAUAUUAGUCUGAGCGCACUUUGAUGCUUCUCCAGCUAGCUUAGCUUGCUAGUUAGCUUAGCUUGUUAGCUGCUAACAAAGAGAGGCGGAAGUGAUCAAAACACAUCGCUAAGCAGAGAUCAAGUGUGAGUGUAAAGUGUUGUGAUUGUGUGAAAAUGUGCGAAAGAACCAUAGCAGAGUACGAGGAGGAACUUUGUCCAACAAAAGAGGAGAAGGAGCGACAACAUCAAAAACAUCAAGUUGUGUUACACAGAACAGACAUCCAUCAGCUGAUUGGACACCAAGAAGAAUGUCUCCCUCAUCUGCAGGGGGACAGUUUCACUUCAGAGUAUCCACAGCCCUCACAUUUUAAAGAGGAAGAGGAGGGAGAGUGUCCUGUAGGGCAGGAGGAGGCUGAUCUCAGCAAGUUUCCACUGACUGUUGUCUCUGUGAAGACUGAAGAGCAUGAAGACAAACCACCUGAGUCCUCACAGCUUCAUCACAGUCCAAACGUCUGUCAAGAACAUCUUCACCCUGAGCAACAGAAGUGGAGCUUCAGGAUGCGGACGGAGGAGCCACAGCCCUCCCACAUUAAGAAGGAAGAGGAAUACCCACUGAUCCCCCACUUUAAAAAGGAAGAGGAGGACCGACUGACACCCCAUUUUAAAGAGGAAGCGGUGGAUCCACUAAUUCCUCACAUUAAGGAUGAAGAGGAGGAACACAGCAUCAGUCUGCAGGGAGAGCACAUGGAAUGGUUGGAGGAGUUCCCAGUGACUGGUGUCCCUGUGAAGAGUGAAGAUGAUGAGGUCAAAGGUGAGAGUGAGGAGAGGGGAGGGGGGGAGCCUCCAAGCAGCAGCUCAACUCAACACAUGACAACAGAAGCUGAUGGAGACCACUGUGGAGGAUCACAAGCAGACAAGCUCUUAGCUCCACUAUCAGAUAGUGAGGACACAACGUCACACUCUCCUGACACUGAUGAUGAAGACUCUAAAGAUGAUAAGACAUGUCACACUGACAACACACACUUCACAUGUUCUCACUGUGACAAAACUUUUAAAUACCCAAGUCUUCUGAAAGAACACAUGAGAACACACACUGGAGAAAAACCUUUUUCAUGUUCAAUCUGCGGUAAAGAUUUUACUCAAAGCCACAAUUUCAGAGCACACAUGAGAUCACACACUGGAGAAAAACCUUAUUCCUGCUCAGAAUGUGGUAAAAGUUUUGUAAUAAAUCAAAGUUUAAAAGUACACAUGAGAACACACACCGGAGAAAAACCUUUUUCAUGUUUAAUCUGCGGUAAAGAUUUUACUCGAAGGUACCAUCUCACAACACACAUGAGAAUACACACUCGAGAAAAACCUUUUUCAUGUUCAAUCUGCGGGAAAGAUUUUACCCGAAGGGACCAUUUCAAAACACACAUGAGGAUGCACAAUGGAGAAAAACCUUUUACCUGCUCAGAAUGUGGUAAAAGUUUUGUAAGAAAUCAAGGUUUAAAAGUACACAUGAGAACACACACUGGAGAAAAACCUUUUAUUUGUUCAGUAUGUGGCAAAAGUUAUACAGGAAAAGAACAAUUAAUAUCACACAUGAGAUUGCACUCUGGCGAAAAACCAUACUCCUGUUCGAGCUGCAACAAAAGCUUUCGUCACCGACAAUCUUUCACAGCACACGUGAGAACACACACAGGUGAGAAAGUGUUGAGUUGCAGUGUGUGUGGUGAAAGAUUCUCUUCUAAGUCCCAGUGUAAGAAACACAAGUGUGCUGGUGAGAACAGCAGCAGCAAAUGAAGAUGCAGGAUUUGAAAUAAACUGUCAAAACUUGAACUUUGACUUUCUAACAACAUCAGCACAUAUAACAUGUGUGACAUCAUUGUUGUGUGUGUAACACAAUCUUGUUAAUAUGAUUCUAACAUUUAUAGAUUAGACGCCUCAGAUUAGUGCUUUUAUUUCAGUCAAGUACAUGAGUUAAUAUACACAUUUGUGUACUUUAAAAUGAACACAACAAUUUGACUGAAAAGGUGAGAAUAAACAGUACAUAAAAUAUGUUACAUACAAUAAACAUUUUAAGUGUAGAUAUUCAUACUUCACUUUUAUACUUAUUCAUAAUAAGGUUUUAUUUAUGUUUUUUUUAAUAAAGAAGUGUAACAUGUUUUAUUUUCUAAUUGUAGAUGAUUCCAUAGAUGAACUCCUUUAUAUGAUGUACAUAUUUGUUUUACAUGUGUUCAUACCUUUGCUUUUGAGUACACAUAAAUCCCUCUUAGUUCAUAUUUACUGGUUCACAUCUGAAACAUCUUCUGGACCACUUCUGGAAGCUUAUUAUUAUUUACUUUAUACAUCAUUUGAGCAGUUGUCUUUUAUACACUUUUAAAAUGUGUGACUUCAUGAACCAUUUAUUGGGUCUCUAUUGUCCUUUCUAUUAAAGGUCUUUAUUACUCUCUUAUGUAAUACGAACAUUUUUAUGUGUUUUAUAUGUAUGUCCCCAGACUUUUAUGCAAUAAACAAUGUAUGCUUCAACUAAA